AUGUGGAUAGAAGUUGAAAAAAUGAGCAUGACUAAUGUCGAAGAUUGUGCACAAAUAGUUUAUAUGAUGGGUCAAAUCGAAGCAAGUCUUACAGAAAAACAUAGUCAGCUUUAUUUUCAACCAAAUGUAUCAUUACCAAGUCUUGGAUCUCUGGAUGAAACGUUGUCUGAUUCUAUGAUAUCAAAUAUUGUUCAAACGACAGAAUCAUUAUCUGAAUCUAAAAUUAUCAGCGAAAGACUAACAGAUGGUCAUCAAGAAUCUAAUGAGAAACAAUCAAAUAAUCGUAUCAUCGUUAGCAGUGUGAAUGCUAAGUCUGAAAAUGAAAUGACCAAUACACAGCAAAAUAAAAAACAAGUCAAGAGCAAUAAGUCCUUAGCGGAUUGUAACAAGACAACAACUUCUACAAUAAAUGAACAGAAUGAAGACCCUACAUUGACCACCAAUUUUCAUACUACAUUUAAUCAAUCUAAUCAAAGUAAUUUGGAAAAUUUUUCAAUAGUCUGGUUGAAUCCUUCUAUCAAAAAUAUCGAAAGUGAUAAGCUUACAUCAUCAAAAACUCAUUUGCGCCGUAUUGUUAACUACUUACGAAUAUUUGAUCGACUCGAACCUUGCGUUGAAUACAUAAAUGAAAAUGUAGAUGAAAAAAUUUUCUUAAUAUUAUCGGCUUCAUUAUGUCAACAAGUACUUCCAAUAGUUACCGAACUUGAACAAAUUGUAUCAAUAUAUAUUUUGCUUGAAUCAUCAAUGAAUAAAAUACAAAUAAAACAAAAAUACGAAAACAAAAUUGCUGGAAAAUAUGGCGACAUAAAUUCUGUUUGUAAUCAUUUGAAGCAAGCUGUUUUAUCAUUAUCAAAUAAUGUAUUAAAAAUCAAUGUUUUAAGUUUAUGUGAUUCUCUAUUAGAUGACGACAAUGAUACUGAUAUGAAGGCAUCGUUUGUAUUCGCUAACUAUCGUGUAGAAAGACUUUUAUCAACAAUUGUGAAAGGACAGAAUAAUAAAAAACAUCUAAUUGACGAAUGUCGCUUACUGUAUGCAGGCAAUGAUGAUCAACUGAAAUUAACAGAAGAAUUUUAUAAAGACUAUCAUUCAGACAAAGCUAUAUGGUGGUACACUCGCAAAGUAUUUUUAACCGAUAUUCUUAACAGAGGUGUGCGAAUUAAGAACCAUGAUAUAUUAACCAAACUAAAAUUUUUCAUUUUCGAUUUACAUCAACAGAUAGAACAUUUAUAUUCACAAUCGUUACAAAUGGAGCCAUCGAUAGUUUAUUUUGGUCAAAAUUUAUCUAAUGAGGAAUUAGACAAAUUGAAAAUGAAUGUGGAUGGAUUUUUAAUGGCAAAUAAUUUUCUCUUAACUUAUACAUGCAGAGAUACAGCGUUAUCUUCAAUCACUCCUCAUGGUAAUUUAAGAUCUGUUUUAUUUCAAAUAAAAAUCGAUCCGUCAGUAAACACAAAAGCUCCGUAUGCUGCAGUUCAACAAUUCAAUUACUCUCAAAACGAAGAAGUUCUAUUCUCGAUAUGCUCAGUAUUCAAAAUCAAAGGUAUUAGAAAAAUUCGUGAUGAUAUUUGGAAUGUUAUUUUGUUACUAUGCGAGAAAGAGCAGGAACGACUAGAAGAAAUAGAUAAUAUCGUAAAAGAAGCAGUGUUGUCUAAGUCAGCUAAUGUCCACGUGAUCGAUAACAAUAAAAGAUUUUAUGAAAUAACAUUUUUAAAUGAUAAUGGAAUAAUUUGUAACUACAGUAAAGAAACACAUAUCUAUGCAACUAAACUUGAUUUUGAACAACUGAAAAAUCGACCUCGAAUGGUCAUCGAUAUAAAAGACGGUCACGAUGUAUUACAGUUGUGUCCAUCUACAAAAUCACUACUCUGUUACUGUUCGAAUAAGAAUAUCUAUAUAAUUGAUCGUAAUGGAAAUAUUAUAAAUCGUACGAAAUGGAUGUAUGGUUACAUUUAUGACAUUUGUUGGUCGUCGCUUCUUAACAAAUUCAUUAUUGUUGCUGACUCUCCAACAUUUUCAUUUUAUACGUAUGAUGAAAACACAAACGAAAUUCAGCAUGUUGAACAGCAGUGUUACACUGUUAGAAUAAAAUCAUACGAAAAUUGUGCAUGCUUCGAAAGAUCAUUUAUGUUAGGUUAUCAUACAAUUAAUUGGGGCUUACAAAUAUGCACUUUCGAUGUUGAAAAAUGGGAAUUAGUCGGUAGUACUUUUCACGAAGAGACUCUAAAUGAUAUGCGAUUUGCCAUGACAACCUUUAUUUGGAUAGGAAUAACUAAAAGAGAGUGGAGCAAAUCAAAAGACGAGAGUGGUCAUUGGCGAUUUGAAUUACGUGACAUAGAAUCGAUAAGUACCGUAAGACGAGCAAUUCAAAUAGAUAACAUAUUGAAAUCACCAUGUACGGUGUCACUUUCAAAUGCAGAAUGGUUGAUAUAUGACAAAGAGACAAAAUUACUAAAUCUAAUUAAUAGAACUGCUAGAUCACAAACAUCAGUUGAGUACAGUGAGAGCAUUAGAUAUGCAACAUUAAUGGAUAGAAAUUGUUUUGUUAUUUUAACAAAAAAUAAUCAAUUACAUUUUCAUGAUCUUUAG